UAAAUUGGUUUCUAUCUGAGAGGACCAAAGGAAAACCUGGUCUUUGGUUUGGACUCCGAGUCUGUUAGAGCUCACAGUCCUAACUUGGUUCUUGCUGAGGCUCAGCCAGCAGCUUUUGUUAUUUUUAUAACUUGGAGACAAAGUUAAGAAUUAAAUACUUUGUAUAAGGAUAAUAGUGUUAAGUUUAUUGUAGAACAGUGAAAAAUUGGGUUAGUCAGAUCAGGAAGGAUCAGUGUAGCCUGUGGAAACAGGAGAAAUGUCCUUUGUGGAACCAGGGAGUUUAUUUUGGGUGAAGCCAGACUCCCUUAGGGUUAGAAGUCCUUUUCAUCCUUAUGAGUAUUUCAUUUUUCAUAACAAAAGUCUCCUUAAGUGUCCUUGCACCAGCCCUGAAGGGAAGUUCACUUGUGAGCCUCACUUCCCUGAUAUAAGCUGAGGUCAGCUUGUAAUUACAACAGCCCCCCACACCGCCCCCUCCCGUCCCCAGAACUGCCGUUCAGUGGGGGCGCCUUUCCAUCCAGGCUCUUCCGCCUCCCGCCUCGCCUCGCUGGUCUCCUGGCCACAUUCAACAUGACUUUCUCAGUGAAGAAGUUCUCCUCUUUCUUCUGAAGCUCAGCUUUGGAAUCCUGCGUCCAUACCGAAGGUACCCUCCGGAACUUCAGCUCGGAGGGUCCCACAACAAUGGGGAGGCGGCAGGCGCCCCUAGCAGCGUGGGCCGAAGUCCAAGGGAGGAGCCCUGAGGAUUUCGCACAGGCCCUGCGUUCAUUUGGUUCUGUCGGCUUUGAUGCUGGACCCCAUGGCUGAUGAGGGCCGCUCCCUCGGCGCGCCGCCACCCCAGUGUUGGAUUGGCCUUUCUUCACGGGCAGGUGACACGCCUGUGGGCUUUUUUACUUUGGGAGUCUGCAAGGAAGUCGCUUCCCUACACCUGGGGACCUCCCAACAGGGCGGGGGGGCUGGAGUCCGUCUCAGGGAGCACCCAGGCCAAGCAGGGGCCUCCUUGGAUCAGCACGAAAUCGCAGGCAGGCAUUUUAUAGGUGAGGAAACUGAGGCCAGCGCCGCUCCGAGCCUGGGUCUUCUGAACCCCGGCUAGAGGCCGCUUAGUGCUGGGGGGCUGGAGGGGGCCCCAACGUCCAGAAGUCCCUCUGCAGCCUCCAAGAGCCAUCCGUGUCCGGCCCGGACCAGAUUCUUGCGGCACAGAGCCCCGAAGUGACCCAAGGCCGGCCUGGGACCCCGGCAGUGAUCUAGAGAAAGAGAGGCUCCCCGCCAUCCUCCAGGGAGGGAACCGAGGCAAAGCCAGACCGCUGCAGGGGGCCGAGACCGAGCCCACGUGGGAGCCGCUCUGACCGCAGCAUCAGGGGAGAAGCGCGCUCCGCCCAGCCUCACCUCCUAUCCACCUCUCUCGCCUGGCGGAGGGUCUGAGCACGCGCAACAGGCCGCUCCCGUCUCCGGACUACGUUUCCCAGGAGGCUCUUGGCGAAUUCUGGGCCGAGUUCCGGCGCAGUUACCAUGGAAACAUUUCCGCUCCCUCCCGGAUUCUCGUCAUCCCCUGCAUCGUCUGCGGCCUCGGCUCAACUCCGCCCUCAGCCGCCGCUGUCGUCGCAGCCCGAGCCCCAGUCUGGGGCCAGGCUGGGCCCCGCCGGAGGAGAAGGCGACGAAGAGGAGGCGAUGGCCCCCGUGCUGCUGACAGCCCCGGGCCCCCGCCAGGCCUCGCUGACGUUCCGGGACGUGGCCGUGGACUUCACCCCGGAAGAGUGGGGGCGCCUGGACCCCUCGCAGAAGGCUCUGUACCGGGACGUGAUCCUGGAGAACUACAGGAACCUCGUGUGCCUGGGACUCGCAGCUUCCAAACCAGAAGUGAUUGAGCAGCUGGAACGAGGGGAAGCUCCUUGGACGCCCGAGAGCGCCUGCCCAGAUUCAGAAACUGGAUCAGAAACCAAGGAGUCCGCUCCAAAGUUGGGCCGUGCCUUGGAAGACUCAUCCUGGGAGCGACUCCCAAGGGAUGGUCCCUAUGUGUCCCUGCUAGGAGAAGCCUGGGAAUGGAAGGCUGGGUUAGGUAUGGAUCAGAUGAAGGACAAACCUUCGAGGAGGGGGAGAGACCCCCAGAGGAAGCCCCCUCAUGAAGUGCGAGGCGAGGCACAUCGGAGCGCUGGUGACAGCUGCAGCCCCGAGUCUGGCCUGUUUCCCCAACAACAAGUCUCUGUAGUCGAGACUCUCUACAAAUGUGACAUCCACAGAAGAAGCCUCAGUCUGGCUUCGGAGCUCAGUCAGUGUGGCGGAAUCUGCUCCAAGAAGAUGUUCUCCAAGCAGAAGGAAUGUUACAGCUCGGGUCUUCCUGAGCAUCCCCAGAUGCAUCCUGAAGAGAAGCCUUGUGGAUGUGAUGAGUUAGGGAAGGCCUUUGACCAGAGCGUCCAUACAGGAGGGACAUUCCCAGGUCAGACGACUCGUCGCGAAGAGAGACCCUAUGAAUGUCAUGAGUGUGGGAGGGCCUUCAACCACGUGUCCUCCCUCAACUCCCAUCAGAGGACGCACACUGGGGAGAGACCCUAUGAAUGUAAUGAGUGUGGGAAGGCCUUCUGCCGGAGCACCCACCUCAUCGAACACCAGACCAUUCACACCGGGGAGAAACCCUACGAGUGCAGCGAAUGUGGGAGGGCCUUCCGCCAGAGCGCACAGCUGACGCGCCAUCAGAGGAUCCACACUGGAGAGAAGCCCUACAAAUGUCACGAAUGCGGCAAGGCCUUCAACCACAGCUCUUCCCUCACUUCCCAUCACAGGAUUCAUACUGGAGAAAGACCCUACGAAUGUAAUGAAUGCGGCAAGGCCUUCAACCACUUUUCUUCCCUCACUUCCCAUUACAGAAUUCACACUGGAGAGAAACCUUAUGAGUGUAGCAUCUGCGGCAAGGCCUUCUACCACAGCUCGUCGCUUACAUUCCAUUCCAGAAUUCACACGGGCGAGAGGCCAUAUGAGUGCAAUGACUGUGGGAAAACCUUUAAUCACAUUUCCUCCCUCAUUUCCCACCAUCGCAUUCACACCGGAGAGAAGCCCUACGAGUGCCACCAUUGCGGGCGGGCCUUCCGCCGGAGCACCCAUCUCAGCCGACAUCAGGUCGUGCACACUGGAAGCAAGCCCAGUGAGUGACGGAGGCGUGGGAGGCCUCUUGCUUAAGAAGGUCAGAAAGGCAAAGCCUUGUGAAUGUAAUCAGUGUCCACAAGAUCUCACGGAGCACGCUUUACUGACAGUUCGUUGUCAACCAAAACGCAGUCCAUUGAUGCAGCACGCACCCAUCUAGUUUCAGCAUUGGCUCUUCCAAAUCUUCUCUCGGGUUCCUUGCCAUCUCUGUCCUAUGUCGAAAAGAACUGGUGAUCUGAGAGGCAUCCCUUCAACCUCACUUCUCCAGAAUUCUCAGAAUCCUCAAGUAUUCUCUCUUCUCUCUAAGGGGCUUGCUAGGAUCUUCCCCUAACAGUACUUCUCUCUGCCUCUCUAUCUCUCUGUCUCUGUCUCUCCUUCUCUGUCUUUCUCUGUCUCUGUCUCUCUCUCUUUCUCUCUCUCUUUCUCUUUCUGUCUCUCUCCCUCUCCCUCUCUCCUUCUCUCUCUGUCUCUCUCUUUCUGUCUCCCUUCCUCUCUCUCCCUCUCUCUCUCCCUCUCUCUCUUCCUUCCUCUCUCCCUCUUUCCCUCUCUCUUUCCCUCUCUCUCCCUCCCUCUCUCUUCCUCUCUCUUUCCAUCUCUCCCCCUCUCUCUCCCCCUCUCUCCCUCUCUCUCUUCUUCCCUCUGCCUCCCUCUCCCUCUCUCUCUCCCUCUCUCUCUCCCCCUCCCUCCCUCCCUCUCUUCCUCCCUCUCCCUCACUCUCCCUCUCCCUCUCCCUCUCCUUCUCCUUCUCUCUCUCUCUCUCCCUCUCUCUCCCUCUCUUUCCCUCUCUCUCUUCCUCCCUCUCCCUUACUCUUCCUCUCCCUCUCUCUCUCCCUCUCUUUCCCUCCCUCUCUCUCCCUUUCUCUCUCUCCCCCCUCUCUUUUCCAUCUUCUCCCUCAUUCCCCCCCUCAUCUUUAGUCUACUUUAAAAAUAAAUGAAUGAAAGCAUACACUCUCCCCACAGCCCUUUCACCUACCAUUCUAUAUCCUUUGUCUCUCAUUGCCAAGCUACUUGUAAACGUUUCUGAUAGCUGUUGCCCCUAGUUACUUGCUCUGGGAGUUCUGCCCCCUUUGAAAUCUGUUUUUCCUCUCAAGCCCCGCUGAAUAAUUGCAAGUAGCUUCUUCAUUGUACCUCCCAAGGCCUGUUGGCCUGGCCCUCAUCUUUCAUCUCCUAUAGCCCCAAGUAGUCUGUGCUCUUUUCUUUCUAGAUUCUCUCUCCUUCCAGCAUCUUUAGCUUCUUCUUUUGUCUCCUUUGCUGAUCCCUCCUUUCACCAACCCCUUACGAUGGCUGUUUUCCAAGGUUUGGGCCCUUGGGCUCUUUGGGAAUUACAGUCGGUCCCAAGGCUUCUGAGUCAUCCUUCAGAAGUGAGUGACCCAUUCUGUCCAGCUCUCACUUUAGUGUGUGGUACAUCACGGUCAUGAAUUGCUUUGAUUUGCUUUCCUUUCUGUCUCUGGUGUCACAAUUCAUGCCUUCCCAUGUUUGAAAGUUUGAUUGUUUUUAUUUUACAAUUUUUUAAUUAAUAAUUGCUGUUACAACUCCUUUACUUCCAAAUGUAUCCCUCUCCUACCUUCCUGCUCUGGAGAGCCUUCCCCGGUAGCAAAACCAGGCCACCUGUGAGCAGAGUCUGACAGUGUGUGCAGGGUUUGUUCCCACAGCCCUCUACUCCGACAGAAACGGGAGACCUCUCUUCUCUUCUCUUCUCCCUUUGUGGCAGCCAUGCUUGGUCAUGUAGUCACGCAGAAUUCAGUGGUGGUUUCUGGGUGUUUUUCCUCCUGUUCACAUUGUUGUCAUCACUGUGCGUUUUGUUGUUGUUGUUCUGCUCACUUUGCAUCAGUUAUUUCAUCUGUCUCAUACUUCUCUGAAUUCUUCAUCUUUAGAAUUGUGCUGUACUAAUACUCGUUGUUUUCACCAUCUCCUCAGUUACUGGGGGAAUCAUUUCCAAUUUUUGCUACCACAGAAAGUUUUUUAAUUAGUCUUUUGACCUAUUUGGGACCUUUUUAUCUAUCUUUGAUGUCCUUAAGCAGUGGGAUCUCUGAGUCAAAGGGGACCCGGACAUUCCAGCAUUUUCAUAGCAUAAUUCCAAAUUCCUUUCUGGAAUGGUUGGACAAGCUAGUAGCGACACCAACUGUGCAUUAGUUUACUUGUCUUUCUCGAGCUUCUCCAACACUGCUUCCAGGUAUUAGCACUUUUGUCAUCUUUGUCAGCUUUCUUUAGAGUUGGUUUGAUUUGCAUUGGGGUCUUUUCGUAGUUUGAAAUUGUUCUUUUGAAAAUGGUUCAUAGUGUUUCAUCAAUUGAGAAGUGGCUCGUCAUUUUAUGUAUGUUAGUUCCCGUGUACUUUGGAUUCAUCUUGUUUGUUGUUAAGCCAUUUCACAACCGAUUCUUCUUGGCCCCAUUUGGGGUUGUCUUGGCAAAGAGCCUGAAGUGGAGUGGCGUGAAUUUUGAAAUCAGACCCGUACCAGAGAUGAUUAAUGCAAGAUGUUUUGCCCAGUUGACAGCUUCCUUUUUUAUUGUCGUUGCUUUGGUUUUAUCUGUGCACAAUUUAAAAAAUAUUCUAUUGAAUCUUUUUAUAAUAGCUUCAGUCCCUUGUUUGCUCAGAGAUCUCCUCCUUUGCCAUAGCUCUGAAAGGUACCUGAUCUGACCCUGUUCUCAUUUUUCAUAUUCUGGUUCGAGAGCCACUUGGGGUUUAUUUUUGUGUUUGGUAUAAGAAGUUGUUCUAAAGUCCAUUUCUGCCAAGUGCUUUCCCAGCACUUCUAUUUUCCCCCGAGUAAUUGGCUGUCAUUCAUUGCUAUUCCAGUUCUCAGGAAUCAUUUGUGCCUGACUGUUCCUUGUCUAAUCUUUUCAGGGUGUCCUCUUGAAUUCCUCUUUGUUCAUUGCCUCUAGUAUCUAAAUGGUGACCAAGGCCUAUUGAUUUUCCCUCCCAGACUAUUCUGUUUCUCCCUUCCUCUCUUUUCCUAUUGUUACUACCCUUUUAUUCUUCACAUCACCUGCCUAUAGCCAGGUCUUUCCUUGUCUACUUUCUUCCCCCUCUAAUCCCCCUUCCAUUCACUCACAAGCAUUUAUCAGCAGUUUUCUGUAUUCCAGGCAAGGGGCUAAGCUGGAGGGAUAUAGAGACCAAAAUAAAACAUUUCCAGCUCUUCGGGAGGUUCCGUUCUAGUGAGGGGAAACAACACAAAUGCUGAUAAGGAAGUAUAAAAUAAAAUCCUAUAGAGUCAAGCAUGGGUGGGGAGACCCCAGCCCAUAGCCCCAGUUAGGGGGUAGAAUUUUAACUGGGCUUCGAAGGGACUGAUAUAGAAUAAUAAACUGAGGGAAACUAUUGCUGAUUGAAAUAGAUAGGUAAACUGAGGGGAGACUGUUUCUCUUUGCAAUGACUGCUAUUCUCUGGCUUGUGACUAGAGAGUGUUGCUAUAGGAACCUGAGGCUGCUUAUUGAUAAUGGAGGUAGGAAUGAGAAAUGCUGAGGGAUGCUGAUAUACAGAGAAGCCUUUACAUAAGGGAAUUGCUCUAGAUAGAUACUGGGGGAUACUCUGGGGUUUGCCUACUGAUCCCUCUUGAUGGCUGAUGGAUCAAUCUAUUUCCUAACCUCCUCCCCCCUUCACUCCCUCCCUUUUCCAACCCUCUCCACCCAGUUCUUCUUGAAGCCUUUGGCUCCUUUCCUCCCCACUUGAGUAAACUAUAAAGAUACUCCUUUCUUUCCUUUUCAAGUCAGGGGGUUUAUUGGGAUAACAGUAUGGGAAACUGAGGUAAGAAGGAUGAGGAUUUCCCUAAACUACAAGGAUAAUUUUAGGGGGGUUUGAGGAAGUAUUCCAGUCACAAACUGUAACUAAGACAAUUAGAGAGAUGGAGGACAACAGCUUUUAAAUCUUCUUCCUUCUUCACCAAGAAAAGUCUCUUCUUCAGCCUGGCUUUCCUCCAAUUCUUAGUCAGUAAAAUCUCAAAGAGAGCAAAGCUCCAAAAGCCAAACGAAGCCCCCCAAGGGUCCUUCAGCCAGCUUCCACUUUUAGAGAGAAAAUCCGAUCUUCCUCCUAGCCAGCUCAACUCUCAAAGAGAGACUAAAGUCCCAAAGUUUCUCCCUUGAUCAGCUUCCACUACUCAGAGCCAGAGACAAAGUCCAAAAGCCAAGUCUCUUCUCAGUGUGGCCAGCAAACCCCCAACUGCCACUCCUGGGAACAUUCCGUUGGAACCUUCUUUCAAUUGACAGCUAGGUUUCCAGCCUUGGGCCUUGCAUCUUGGCCCACAAGUCCGGCAAAACCUCUCUUUCUUCAUGGCUCUAUCACAGGACCUGGGCCAUUUCUAGUAUAGGGAAGGACACAGGUGUGGGAGACGAGUACUGUGGAAGGAACCAGGAGACCAGCUUGAGUGCAUGAUGGGGAGUCAGGACAGGCUGGCUGCAGUGAGACCUUGAAGGACCUUGACUGCCAGGCAGUCGUUUAUAUUUUACUCUAGAAGCAUUUGACCACUGCAGUCUCUUGAACAAGGGGCAACAUCGUCAGCAUUUGGGGUGAGGAAGGUGCGAUCUCUUUGGCAGCUGUGAGAGGGAAUGUUGGAGAGGGCAGAGAGACAGGCGGUCCAGAAGAGAGGUAAUGAGGCCCACAUCUAGCAUAGUGACCCCACGAGCAGUGAGACGGGGUUGGAGCAGAGGCAGAAUCAACAAGACAUAGUAGCUGAUGGGAUGGCAGGGGUUCAGGACAGGGAAGAGAUGAGAGUGAGUGCAAUGGGGAACCUGGGUGACUGGAAGGAGGGCGGUAGUGGGGGCCAACAUUUCUUGGAGUAAAACUACAGGGGAAGAGGGGCUCAAGAGUCCAUUUGAUGCAGAAUAAAGUGGCAUUUGUUUGAGAGACCAGUCAGAGAGGUAGCGGCCAGCUUAGGUUUGAAAACGAAAUGUCCAGAAGAAGCCCGACAGGGAACAAAGUCAAUGUCAUUUUAAAGGCAUGUCCAGGAGCUGCGCCAAGCCCUGGGGAGACCAGCGUCAAGAAGGAGCUGCCACCCUCAAACACAGAGACAGGCUGUAGGGAAUAAACACAAGAGUAGCCAAUUGCAGGCUAAUCUGGGAGAAGGCAAAGGAGACAUGAGGCAUAGCCGGUGCACGGAGACAGAGACUGAGUUGCCAAAGGGUAAGGGGGGAGGAGGACCAUCCAACAAGCCCAGAAACAUAGCUUGUGAAGGACUUGAAAAGCCCACUAAAAAGGCUUGGGGAGCCUCCAGGCCAUGGGACGCUGCCAGAGUAUACUGAGUAGGGGGUGAUGGGAUCUCUUAAGGCAAAUCCCCUUGGCCCCAACGAUGAUGACCUGGAGGAGGGAGAGGAGGGGUCAGUGUGAGUAGAGGGAAGGGACACAGAUGGCCGGAAUUGAGGGUGUCAUUCUGAGAAUGUGCACUUGGAACACUGCACGAAAGAGGGGGAAAGCUUGGAAAAGAGGCCUUUGGGCAGGACUAAGGAGUUCUGCUUUGGGCGGGUUGAGUUCAAGGAUGCAGGACAGUAACCGAGAAGGGAGGGUGUGCCUGCAGGCAUAGAGACAUAGCCCAGAGACCUGUCCGGACAUAAUGUUUAUACAGGCAGUGCUUCCCUGUUCAAGGGCCGCCUGCAUCAUUUGCCACAACCCAGAGAAGCAGGUCCUGAGGCACUGAGGAGGUAAUGGGCUCAUCUGAGGCAGGAUUCAAAUUCCAGUCUUCCUGCCUGGAGGACCAGCACCGUCCUACCACAAGCUGGGCCUGGAGUAGUUGUGGGACCUGACACGGGAGUUCUGCAGUGCCAGGCCCGGAGUGGGCCUCCCCUGGCGUGGAGGUGAGUAUGGUAUGCCCCUGUGAGAAUGAGGGCUAAACUGAGUGAGCUGAGGCCAGAAGAGGAAGGGAGGGAGGGACCACAGAAAGGCUUUCUGGUUUGUUUUCCUCUCUGUGGAGAGGAGGGGGAGGAUGGGAGGCCAUCUGGGGUGGGGGUGGCAAGGGUGAGACCCGGCAUCAGAGCAGGCAGAGCUGCCCAGUUCUCUGGAGGGAAGCACCUUUCCCCUGACAAUGGCAAGGAAAAUGCAGGACUUGUUGACCAGCGCAAGCGAGGCUGGAGUACGAGUACCUCAUUGCCUUUGAACUUCAAUCCCUGGUCCAGCCUCUGUUCCUGAAAGAACCAUGUAAUGGCUGAGUCCCAGAAGCCUUUCCUGCCCCCCUUUCUGCCGAGCAUCUCCUGUCUGUCCUGUAGGGAGCUGCUCGGUGUUGUCUCCCACACCAAUUAGACAGGGAGCUCCUUGAGGGACACGAGAGGCUCUUCUCAAUGUCCCCCUACUGCCAGAGAUCACAUUGUCUCCUUGGGCAAAGGAGUUUGUAGUCUCUGCUGGUUCCCAUGACAGUAGGUGAUGAUCAGCGAUGUUUCUGUUGUAGCCCAGCGAGGUGGGGAGGUCGUGGUGGCCAGGAGCCAAGUGUAGAGCUUCUGAGGAACUUGCUCAGGUUUGUAGUGAGUGUCUGAGUCUGAAGCCACUGGGUGGCCCUGGUUUCAGAUUCUCUCCACCUAUUGCUCCCAGGCUCCCCUUUUCCAGCCUUGUCCUGGGUUCCUUUCCUUCACGUUUCAGGGUGUUCCCUCUGUUUGGGGCACCCUUUCUCCUGGUCCCUACCUGCUGCAUUCCUGCAACUGCUCUAUGGCUGUACUCAAAUUUUUCACCUCUGUAAAUCUGCCUUGAUUCCCUUGGUCAUUAAUGACCUUUUCCCCACUCAGACCUGACAGAGCAUUUAGUAUUUUUGUAUUAAAGUCAUGCAUAGUUUACCUAAGUGGUUAGAAGAUGUGGACAAACAUUUCUCCAAAGAGUUGCAGAUUACUAAUGACUACAUGAAAGACUUCCCCAAAUCACUAAUGAGAGAAAUGCAAACCAAAUGAAUCGGAUGCUUAGCUCACACCCAGCAGUUUGACAAAGAUGGUAAAAGAUGGGGAUGAUUGGUUCUGCAGAGUCAGUGGAAAGACGGGCACACUGGUGCAUUGUUGGUGAAGUGGUGAAUUGGUACUACUGUUUUGGAAAGUAGUCUGGAAUUCUGCAGUGACUAAAGUAACCAUAUGCUUUGACUGAGAUUUCACUGCAAACCUAUAACCCAAGUCACUCAGUGACAAAAAGAAAGACUCCAUAUACACAAAAAUACUCCUAGCAGGACUUUUCAUGGUAGCAGAGAACUGAAAACAAAAUAGAUGCCCAUUCAUCAGAGCAGGAGCUGUGACACAUGAAUAUAAUGCAAUCUUACCAAGCUGGAAGAAAUGACACAUUGGAAGAACGCAGAGAAGCCUAGAAACUCCACGGAGCCAAGAAAACAAGGGACACGUUGACUCCCAUGUGGAAUGGAAAUGGAGAGAGAACAACUGGAAAUCAGUCCCAGGGAAGUGUUGGGAGUUUACUGUAAGGACCAUCCGUGAGCCCAGAGAGCAGGGAUGAGAAGACCUUUCCCCCUACACACCUGCAGAAGCCCAGAGAUGUGACUGAAAUAUUGUGUGGGACCUGAGACUUUGAUGUGGUUGAGCUGAGUUUUUCUUUCUUCCUUUUAUGAGUCGGGAGGAAUAGAGUGGGAAAUGCAGAGAAUAUAAAAGCUAUAUCAAUAAAAUUUAUUUUUUAAAAACUA